AUGGAGACUUUUGCUACCUCCCAACACCAACAACAAGAGCUUAUAUCAAAGCAAUUUGAGUUACAAGCAAAGCAGAAUGAAUAUUUUGAAAACUCGAUCCAACUGCUCGUUGCUCAAAAUAAGAGGAUAGAAACUCAUCUUUCUCAAUUAUCACAACAAGUGAGUCAUCUAUCAACUCUUCAAGAUCAAUCAAAAGUCCAAACGAAACAAUGCAAUGCAAUUUUCGUGAAGAGAGAUGGAUUGACUACGGGGGGAUUAGAGGAGAAAGUGUGCAAUCUGGAGUCAAAAACUGAAAUGCGUGAAAAUGAAGGUCCCAAAUAUGUUGCUCCACAAGCCUACGAGAAACUGAUGCCUAACCCGCAAAGGUUAUCAAAAGUUGUGCUCGAUAAGCAUUUUGGGAAGUAUUCUGAGACUCUUAAGAAGGUAUAUGCUACCAUUCCUUUUUCCGAUCUUGUAAUUCAAAUGCCUCAAUUUGCAAAUUUUGUGAAAGGAAUCCUAGAUCAUGAUCAUAAUGAUAAGAAAUUAGAAAGUUUGGUAGUAAAGGAGAAAUGUCUUGAUCUUUUACAUGAUAGCUUACCACCUAAAUUGCAUGAUCCUGGUAGUUUUACUAUCCCUUGUAUGAUAAACGAAACAUAUUUUGAUAGGGUCUUGUGUGAUUUAGGUGCUAGUGUUAAUUUAAUGUCUUCUUCGUUGUAUGAAAAAUUAGGUUUGAAAAAACUUAAACCCUCUCCCAUAUCCCUUCAAAUGGCUGAUAGAACUGUUAGACUCCCUAAGGGUGUAGUUGAAGAUGUAUUAGUUGGGAUUGGUGAACUUGUAUUUCCAGGUGACUUUGUUGUAGUGGAUAUGAAAGAAGACCAUAAGAUCCCAUUAAUCUUUGGUCGUCCUUUUCUUGCUACAAGUCAAGAUUUAAUAGAUGUUCCUAAAGGACAAGUGACCAUUAGAGCUCAGGAUAAACAAGUUGUGUUUAAGCUUUUCAAUGACCAUAAUUUUACUUUUGAUGGUGGUACUUGUUUGAGAAUUGAUGCUAAUAACCCUUUGGUUAAUAAGUGUGUUUCCAAUAGAAAUCAUGUGCGCAAAAAGGACAAUAUUUCACCACAUGACGGGUUUAGCUACAUCAAAAUAAGCUCGGAUACAAAGCACAUCAACUCUAAUUUGAAGGAGUCAUUUGGAGGUGGAUAUAUUGAUGAGAAAUACCACAGAGUAUCUACUUCGUGUGGUGACCCAGGUUGA